AACAAAAACUAACACGCCAUCACAAGUCACAACCCUCUCCACUCACACAUUUUGACACACAAACACUCUCAAACUUCACUCUCACAACACAUACCCAAUUCCUCUCUUCUCUUUCAGUUUCCCCCUUUAUAUAACUCUUUCAACUACAUACACCACCCACAUUGCUAUAAUCCCAUAUCCUCUCAAAUCACAACCAAAGUUUGGAUCUUUUUUACUUCAAGAGAUAAAUUAGGCCAAAAUAUACAAAAGGGUGUGCUCAAAAUCCAUCAAAAUGAUCAAAACUCUGAACCCUAAUUACCCAAAUAAUACAGCAAAAACGGCUGAGAUCAUGUCAAGGUAUAGGCCAAUAGCUCCAAAGCCAGAUACCAAUAAUUCCUCAUCAAGCUCCCUCACUGAUAACAAUGGCUCCAACAGCAGCAACAGCAACAAUUCACUCUCUCAAAAGAUCAAGAAUUCUCCUUAUCUUAGGAGUCUUUGGCCACAGCUUCAAGCAAGACCAACAAGGACUAGAAAGAGAGGUAGAGCCCCAAUUUUAACACUUCCACCUUCUUCACUCUUUAAAAGGCAAAAACUCAACAACACAAAUAAUCUUCUACUAGGAUUUUAUCCCUCUACAACAAAGAACCUACUUUCAUUACAAAGUUUGAAUUUUGUUCCUCCUCAUCAACAACUCGGUAAUCCUCUCUCUAAUCAUGCAAUUGGGGUUCUUAAUUGUCAAUUAGAAAACACUAAUGAUGUUAGCACUAUCAGUAAUUCCACUACAAGCCCAAGUUUGGUUACACUUCCACUUCUUCCAUGUUCACCUUCUUCUUCUUCUACUUCUUCCAUCCAUCAACCACCAAAGUUUGACUUAACCAACAACAACAAUGCUUGCAAAGAAGUAACAUUUGAUCUGAAUUUGACUGCGAAGUUGCACAUCCCGGAAGAGAAGGAUCUCUUGCAGCAACUUCAGAGGCCGGUGGCGAUGACGGCGACAGCAGCAACAAAUAACAAUGUGGUAGUAGUAGCUCCUCAACCGGUUCGACCGGUUGGUUCCUCCAUAAGCGUUGGUUGCAUCAAUGAAGAUGCAACAAUGGCAAUUCAAGAUCAGAAUCUCAAGAGAAAACAAGAGGUUGAGGAUGAGGUUGAAACCGAGACAUUACCAGCAAUUAUAACAGACUCAAAAAACCGGGUUAGGAUGGUAAAUUCCUCAUACAAGGAACUAGUUGGUCAACCAGAAUGUCCAUGGCUUGAAUCCAUGGUAACAAGCAUUCAAUGCGGGUCAUCAGCAUCAUCAUCAACACCAUCAUCAUCACCAAGAUCAUCAUCUCCAAGAAGUAACAAGAGGAUAAGUGGUGAAGUAGCACUUCAAGUCUGUGAUGAUUCAAUUAAGAUACCAGAUUCAUCAUCAUCAAAUGGAUUCUCUUGCUGGGUUAGGAUUGAAUGGCAAAGCAGUGAAGAUCAGAGGAAGAAGUUUUGUGUGAAUGCUUUCUGUGAUGUUACCAAGUUGUGUUGUGAAUCGAGGGAUUAUGUGUUCUCGUGGAGGUUCCACACGCGCACCAGAGAAGCUUCUCAAUCUAGUUGCAAUCUUUAAGAAAUCUGCAUGUUUUUAUUUUAAUUUCUUCUUAGAUUAUAUAGUUCUAGUAGUAGUGUGAAACCUUAGCUUUGUUCUUAUUAUUAUCUAUAUAUUAUAC